UGGUCGACCGUUUCUCCUGGCAACGGGGUUGUUUAUUCCGUUUCAAAGAUUUUUCAGCCUCAAACGAGAUUCACUAGUCAAAAUGUCUUACCCGUGUGCGGUCUUCCCGGAGGAAGUGGACCUGCUGGUGAGCGGGUUGCGCCGGUUCCCGGUCGCGGACAUCGGCACCCCAGCCUGGUUCGACCAGAAUGAAGCGAUCCUGAAGCUGACGCAGCAAAGCUACAUCGAGGCGAGCACGAACCAGGAGGAGGUGGUGAAGGAGCGGCUGGUGGCGGAGGACCGACUUCCGGUGCUGGUGCACGAGAUGUACUGCGUGCUGGUGUGGCGGAGCCGGGUUCUGCCGAAGCUGUUGGUGGGGGAUUUGGAGGCGACUUUUGUGCUUUACAGCGUUUUGUACUAUGAGAUGAAUGUGGCGGCGGUGCUGGAGACGGUUCUGUACCAUCGGAAUAGCUGCGAGGCGCUCGGGGGAGUGGUGCUGGAUUUGAUCGAUUACUGUGCGAGUGCGGUUGGGAUGCUGAUCGGGAUGACGAGUUGUGAGCGGGUUGAGGGUGGUGGGGAGGAGUUGUUGAACGAGAGUGGGAGGGAGGAGGUUGAGCGGAUGAAUGAGCAGAUGGCGUUCAAGAUCGGGAUGAAAUGUUUGUCGAUUUUGGGCAGUUUGAUGAGUAAUUUGGACGUGCUUCCGUUGAGUGCGGCCAGUCGAGUGACGAAGGUUCACGAUGUUCCGUGCUUGGUGGCGGAGAUUUUGCACGCCAAACCGUGGCUCAGGAAGCGGAAGGGAAUUGAAAAGUUCGUGAACGAUAGCUGGAAGCCGGUUUACGGGGAGGAGAUCACGAAGGUGACCAAAACGGAAGCUCAGACCUGGUUCUGUCUGUUUGGGCUGCUGUUCAACGAGAGCACUUCGAGGAAUUAUGAGAUUAACGACUUCCGCCAGCGAGAGAUUGGCAAGUGCGUCGGGUUGAUGAACGAACAGUUGCUGGACCAACUUCCGGUGCUCGCGCAGUUGAAGCAGUUUCUUUGCACGCUGCAGAUGAGCGGCAACGGGUCCGGUGGAAGUAAGAGGAGCGACUUGCUGCUGGAGGAAUUGCCGGAAAUUAAGGACGGUCUGAUGGAAGAGGCACGCAAGUUUGGUUGGAGUAAGAUUGUCCAGGCUCACAAGGAGAUUUUCGUCGAUUUGACCCAGGAACAGUUGACCUCCGUGGCGAAGAGACUCAACGCGGCGUACAACACCGACCUGCUGGAGAAGAUCAACAGCGGAACCGACGACGGCGGCCAUCGAAUCUGCUCAACCUGCAAGAAGCCCGCCGAAAAGCGAUGCUCCAAGUGCGAGUCCGUGUUUUACUGUUCGCGCGAGUGCCAGGUUGCGGAUUGGCCCCGCCACAAGGAGCUGUGUCAUCAGUUGAAAUCACUUUGAGAGAGCUUGUUCACGAGUUUGUAUCCAUUUCUGUAUUAAUAGUUUAGCAAACAUCCUCUUCCUUUAAUACAACGCACACGCACAGCACAGCUUAGCUCGACUGUCUGAGCUGCUUCAGGUGCUCUUUGAUGACGUCGUGAGCUGGGGUUUCCUCACCGUAAGCCUGCGGAACGAGAACAAAAAUAAAGGAAUUAGAUCAACAAGUGA